AUGGAGACCCUGUACGACCCCGCGGACGUGGCCACGCUCCUGCGGCCCGCCGUGGACCGCAUUCCGAUGUCGGCGUACUGCGCCGCGGCCCUCGACUCCGUCAAGACUGCCGCCAGGGAGGAGCCGCUCCCGCUGUCCAACCUGGAGUACCGCCAGUCCUCGGCGGCCAUGCUGACGGACCGGCGGCCCUCCAGCGCGGCCAGCGCGGCCAGCCUCACGGAGGCCAUCGCCAGCAUCCUGCAGAUCGACGGCCGCGAGGCGGCGUCCGCGCGCUCCAACGCGUCCACCGGCGCGGUCAGGAAGGCGUCCGGGAGGAGCGUGAGGGAGAAGGGGAAGCAGCGAAGCCUGCUGCAAACCUGCGCCCUGGCCGCCAGCACGCCGUGCACCGCGUCCUGCAGGACCCCCGCUCUGGCCGGCGAGACGCCCCAGGAAAAGCUCAGCAGCCGCGCCCUCAAGAUCAGCAGCACCAUGCAGGCCAUCAGGCCCGCCGUCAAGACGGCCGUGCAGAUAGCGCAGCUCACGGCCCGCCUGCGGGAGCGCCACUGCCGCAGCCUCGGGGGCUCCCUCGCGCUGUCUCUGCCCGCGACGGGCGCGAUGCCCGCGUCGGCGCCCGCCCUGGGGCUUGCCAGCAUGCUUGCCAGUGGCAGCAAAUGGGGAGGGGCGAGGUAG